UCGCUAGUAUACGGUCUGCAUUUUUACAACGUAGUGUAGUAUUCUUUUUUGUGAAAAUUGUCUAGGGUAAUCUGCGUUUUUUGGAAGUGUUCUUUUUGUAAAAAUUAAAGGGGGGGAUUAUCUCGCUCUUGGAAACUCUCGAUUUUCGAUUCCGAAACGAUACGACAGUCCACACGUUCAGAGUAGUAGCUCUGUGCCUGCGCCGUGUUUUGGCUCGUAUAGGUUAGAAUUCCUAGAAUCGUAAAUACAAACUUUGAAUGUCAAUUCGGAAUGUUAUGCAAAUGUCGGGAAAACUAUAUAAAUCUAAAGAUUGUGUCAAAUAUCUGUUCUUUCAAAUUGAUGAAGUCUAACCUAUUUCUGGCACGAGCAUCGGUCGGUUUUUUCGUUUGGCUUAUUCUAUAUUUAUAAGCAUUACGUGUUUUUUAAGAGUCGUUUUUAAGUGUUCGGUUGAAGUUAUACGUGAUUUAAUAAUUCUUUACAAAGAUUGUGAAUACAUUGAUAAUUAACGUAAUACGUUAACAUGGCAAGUGGUGAAACAGGUGUGCAGCAUCACUCUGGGGAAGAUAUGAGGUGGAAGAAAGAUAUUAUUUCUCAGUUACGGGAGAGAAACAGAUCUCAAACUUACUGUUUUCAUGAUCUUAUAAGUUUGCAUAAUCGACUCUUUGAAAGUGCAAACACUUUAAGAGGAGAAAAUAUUCAGCUCUCGAUAACAAAUGAAAAACUGUAUCGUGAGAUCGCAGUAGGAAGUCCGGGUGCAGGUUCUAAUAUCGAAGCAAGGCUCCUAGCACAAGCAGAAGAAUUGGCAACUUUGCAUAGGAGACGAGGAGAACACACACAACAAAUUGUAGAUCUCAAUAACAAAUUGCAAUUUUUUCAGAAGGAACUUCAAUCAAAAGUAGCCAGCCUCGAAGAAUGUAUGGAACUUAACAAUACAUUACGUGCCGAUAUUUCUAAGUGCAUAAUGAGGGAGAAGGAGCUAGAAAAUGUCAAUCAAACGAUUAAGGACGAACAUCAAGCUUUGCAGCUAGCCUUUGCUUCUCUCGAAGAAAAACUAAGGAAAGCACAGGAAGAAAAUCGGCAGUUGGUGGAACGGUUAAUCAAAUACAAAGCCAAAGACGCAGAUAAGAUGAACGAGGAAAAUGACAAUUUUCUUAAGAAGAGGCAAGCAAAAAUGCAAAAGGAAUUAGAGGAUGCUGCACGAGAUACUCGACCUGUAAGUCCUGAUCGUCUUAGUGUCAAAGAAGGAAUUGUUGGUCUUCCAACUGCGGUACCUACCAACGUCUCCAUCAAAUUUAAUGCUCAUGACGGAGAAGUGAAUGCUGUUAGAUGGUCUCCUGUGGACAAAAUUCUGGCCACCGGAGGUGCUGACAGAAAAGUCAAGCUGUGGGAUAUUUCAAAAGGUGCCUUCGAGUGCAAAGGGAUGCUCGUGGGAAGCAAUGCCGGCGUCAUGUCUGUGGACUUCGACACGACGGGUACACUCAUAUUGGGAGCGUCCAAUGACUUUGCCAGCCGGGUGUGGACUGUCAGCGAUCUUCGUCUCAGGCGCCGAAUUCGGGGCUGACGGUUGGUGGCAACUAACUAAUUAUAGCCUGCUCCACUUCUGUUUGUUCACGCCUGACUGCUCGCCUGAGUGACAGCC